AUGGAGAAACUGCGGAAAGCCGAGCUAAAAACGUCCGCCUUGAAAGCCUCGGCGGGAGCUCGGGCGGCGGCUGCAUAGCCAAGGCAGGCCUUUGAAACAGACCGCGGCCCGGUCUUCCUCAAGACCAACGCCAGGCCACAGGGCUCCAGGCUCCCAGCUCCCUUCCUUGGCAACGCCUCCCUCCCUCCCUCCCAAGCCAUUCAGCAGACCAAACACAGUGCGGGUCCCAAGCCAAUUAAAGUGAUGGCUCCCGGAGGUGGAGCAGCCUUUGCUAUGGAGUACCUGAAGAUGAAGAGUCUCAGCAAGUAUGUUGGGGACGAUAUUCUCAAACUUGGGGAGCAGGGUAGCAGAUCUCACCUUUACAACCAAAGACUUGGAGAUACAAUAAGAAAGAAGAAAACAGAGUUGGGCAGGAGAGGGGCAGGUCUUUUUGCAGGCCUGACAGAACCUCACUAUGUGGAUAAGUUUGGGUUCCAUACAGUUACGUGCUGUGGUUAUAUAACUCAGGUGAAUGAAUGGCAGAGUGACUGGCCCACUUUCUUUAUACGUCAUCGGCUCCAAGCUCAAAUGGAUUUGAUUGAGAGAGAUUAUGGAGACAGAAAAGCAAUAGAAUUGUGGUCUCAACUAAAGCCAAAGAUUCCUGAGAUGUUUUGUGACCUGGAGAUCAUUCCUGCUCUCAUUCAUGGGGACCUCUGGGCAGGAAAUGUAGGUGAAGAUGACUCUGGCCCAAUUCUCUUUGACCCUGCUUGCUUCUAUGGCCAUUCAGAAUUUGAACUUGCAAUUGCUAUGAUGUUUGGUGGCUUUAGUAGCUCCUUCUUCUCUGCUUACCACAGCAAAAUCCCCAAGGCUCCAGGCUUUGAAAAGCGCAACAAGCUUUACCAGCUAUUUAACUAUAUUAACCACUGGAAUCAUUUUGGCACAGGAUAUCGGGGACCAACUCUUAAUGUAAUGAGGAAGCUUUUAAAGUAAACCUCACAAACACUUUUCCUGAGUGAGCAGCUUCCUUGUUUGAUGUCAGAACAUCAAAUAAGAUGAUUCUGAGAUGAUAGUCACCUGGAAAUGUCAAAUGGUAAUGAUUAAGGUGGCCUUUGUACACAUUUGAUUCCUCACAAAAUGCUUGCAGUGGUUUGUAAUUUUUGCAUACUGUAAUAAGUCAACUAGCAUAUUAAUAACCACUUUGAUAAGGUUAGGUGAACUGUGUACAAUUAAUAUCAAAUGGAAUGAAUUGUCUAAUAUUAGUACAAGCAGUAUAAAAACAUCUCAUCCACAGGGUUGCCCAGUUAUAGUUGGUUCUAUAGUAUAGCAAUUGAUCAUGAGAAACUAAAGGAAUACUCCAGCGUAAGAGAUUAUCAGAUGGCGGGGAAAGGCCAGGAGUAAAAGGCAUACCCAAACAUAAUUGUGUGGUCAUGCUGAAGAUUUUCAGACACACUGGGUGCACAUCCAGGACUAACCCAUGAAGGUCCAGGCACGCUCCAGCAAUAAACCAUUAAUGGGGAAAUCCCAGGAAUGAUUUGUUGCUGGAGCAUUCCUGGAUCUUCAUGGGAUAAGUCCUGGAUGAGCAUGACAUCGUCUGAAAAUUUUCAGCGCAACCUCACAGUUAUGCUGGGAGUAUGCCUUUUACUCCCGGCUUCCCCCCCCCCCCCACAUCUGAUAAUCUCCUUAGACUGUUUUGGCAUUUUGAGACUUUCACAGGAGUUAGUGUACAUUCCAAAAAGUAACUGCAAAAAUGUAAAUCAUGUAGAACUUUAAAACUAUUGAAAUAUGCACAGUACUUUCUGUGCAUGUAACAGCCACCCUCCACAAGGGUCAAGGAUGGCCCUACCAUAAGACAAAGUGAGGCAGCUGCUGAGAGCCAACGGAUGGGCAAAAGUGCAUGUGCCAUGCAAUCAGCUGUGCAGAAACCUGUUCCUCACACCUUGCCUUCAAGUGAGUGGAGAUUGCCUUGAGUUCCUGCACUGGGAGGAAGACGGGGUAUAAAUAAACAUCAUCAUCAUCAUCAUAAUAAACAUCAUAAUAAACACAAUAAUAAUAAUAAUAAUAAUAAUAAUAAUAAUAAUAAUAAUAAUAAUAAUAAUAGCAGCAGCUAUCUUUUUGGUCCAGUUUUUUGUUAAACUUUUGUACAUGGAAGGGAGAGGGCAGCCCUUUGUCUCAAGCUAUAAAAUAUUUUGGUCUGCUUUGGAGGACAGCACUGCACUGCACUGCAUAAGAAACCAGAUUUUAAAAUUUGCCUGCAUUUCAAGAGCAGAACUGGCUUUAGGGACAUCUGUCCCAAGGCCUUGCUUUUUACAAGCACAUUUCACCAUAAAUAGUUAAUAUUACAGCCUAUAUACUAAUGCAGAUUAAAGCCUCAGGAUGUAAUCCUGUGAACAUUUACCUGGGAGUAAGGUUGCCAUAAGUCCGGACCUCCAAAACGGGACAAAUGUAGGACACACUUUUAAAAAUGGAGGACAUGCGAAAAAAUUGAUUAUUUUUUUAAAAUGUUACUAUAAA